CUUGUGAACUGCUUUCAUUCUCUGUAGCACGGUAUGGGACUACGAGACAGAAACAGCACAACACUCCAAGUAGCUGCAUGCUUGAAGCAUGAGCUCUCCUGCGCUACCAGUUCUACUCUGCGCGUCACAGUCAAGGCUGACUCCCAUCUCUUCAGUCGUCAUCAAAAUCUCCCGGACCGUUCGCAACAUGCUGUCAUACGAUUACGCUUCUACCCAUGAGAGACCCGUUGUUGUUGAAGUGGAACUUCAUUGGAAUUCGCCGGAAGUGGAGUCAUGGAAGGCGGAAGCGAUUAAAAUGCAACAGAAUAUAUACGAGAUGCUGGGUGGCGACCGGAUGGAGCCGGGGCUGUACGGCAACCAGAACAGGACAGAGCUGGAGAGGAAAGUUGCUUACGCCAUGUAUGGUCCUCCGUCCCAGCUUCCGAACCGAGAAUUAAACGCCGGAACCGGUUACAAGAAGAAACAACUGAAGAUCGUCCGGAAGACUUGCAACGUGAUUUUGAAGCAGACAGGACUUACAGAGGUAUUUGUGUCGUUUUUGUUCGUCUGUAUCAAGAUUCCUGGUGGGAAACUGGUCACGCCUCUGUUCAGGGUCGCUGCAGAAAAUAGGAACGAUAUUGGUGAAAGCGAAGAGACUGCUUUUUAUGUGGAUGGCAAUCGUCGUGUGUACAAGGGGUGGAUCGACUAUAAGAAGAACAACAAACUCCCAAAGUGUUUUAUGUGUUAUCCUCGCAACGGCAUAUACACAUCAACAUGCUCAAAAAUAGAUGUCGAAUUUGGAGAAUCGCCUGCUUGUAAAUUGUCUGGCAAAGUUUUGGAUGCUGUGGACAUUACUUUGACUCUAGUGGUGACCGCCCUUGGCGUCACUGCUCUCGUAGUCCCUGUAUCAGUUCCUGUUGCCAUAGCUGUUGUUGCUGGGGGCGUAGCUUCAGGGGUGUUCGCCUUGGGCCGAAAUGCAAAGACACUAGUUGAUAGACACAAACACAGACAAACACUGGGCUUGAACAGUGGUGAGGCCCGCGCAAGUUGGAUGGGUGUGGCCGGUAGCGCUGUGGGAAUUUCGCUAGGCAGUGUCACCAUGGUGGCAACCAGAGUCGUCCAAGGCACGAGGUUGGUAGGGCUAAAAGUCGGCGUGGCAUCGCUGUCGAUCGGCGCGACCACAAUGAAAGGCCUGACGAUUUUGAAUCACUUCGCAAACAUCGGGAAGAAGAUAAUGGACGAGGGAGAAGUCACACCACUUGAUGCUUUUCAAGUGGCUGCCUCCGUGUACUUCUUCACAGGAUCUGUGGUGUCCACGCAGGCAGCAUUUGGUGCUAUGGUGCAUUUGAAAGCAGCGGGAGUGGAUCUCAAGAUGGCAGAAGUUCUCCAAGCGAUUCGGAUGAGGAGUGAGCUGUCCGCAUCAGUAUUAGGGGUGACAAACUCUGGAAGAGAUGGAGAAGAUACUGUAGAGGAACCGGAAAUGCUUUGGCCGAAAGUGGAAGAAAGUUAUUUCAGGUGUACUAUCUUAUAGAUUGAAUCCACAGAGAAUAAAAUCUAAGCUUACACGU